AUGUCUUCAGCAUUCCCGAUUCGAAAAGUCAUCAUCAUCGGUGCUACCGGCCAUCUCGGUUCCCAUCUCGUAUCAGCGUUUGAUGCGGACCCUCACUUCGAGGUUUCCAUCCUGAGUCGAGCUUCGUCCGACCGCAGUCGAUUCCCAUCGCAUAUUCCAGUCUACUGUGUCGGAGGCAACUAUGACUCAAGCGAGUCCGAACUUGUCGAACUACUCAAGGGUCAAGACGCGAUCAUUAGCGCCAUCGCUGCUCAAGGCGUGCCGCAGCAGAGGACGAUAAUCAACGCCGCCCUGAAGGCUGGGGUAAAGCACUUUGUGCCAUCGGAAUUUGGGCAUGAUACACGGAAUGAGCAGGCGGCGCGGCUACUUCCCCCGUUUCUAGUUACGCAAAAAAGACGGAUUGUUGAGUACCUCCAGAGCAAGGAGAUUGAAGGGUUGAAAUGGACCGCUUUUGUGACUGGGCCUUUUUUUGAAAUCGCUGUUCCUCAUUACCUAGGAUUCGACUUCGCGAGGAGGCAGGCAACGGUCCUGAACGGUUAUGGAGAUCAUCACUGGUCUACAACAACUCUCAGCACCACCGCUCUGGCAGUCAAAAAUGCUCUUUUGACCCCCGUGAAGACCACUAAUAAAUAUUUGUUUAUUGAGUCUUUUAAUAUCUCACAGAACGGUAUUCUGAGCUCGCUGGGAACUUUGACUGGAAAAUGGGAUGUGAGCUACCAAGAUGCUGAAGAGGAGAAACGGCGGGCAUUGGCCAAACUAUCACAUGGGGACUACAGUGGUCUCCCGGCACUCAUGCGCUACGUUACUUGUGUCGAAGGGUAUGGCGGGGRUUACAUGAAAUACGAAGAAAGUGCGAACGGKUUACUUUGCCUGCCGGAGGAAAGGCUUGAAGACGCUUUGGAAAAAAUGGUAAAAUGA